CAUUUAUUUUGCGCAUCGCAUUGAAGUCAAUAAAGUCGGCAGUAUUAUAAAAAUUAAGCAUUUUAGUGAUAUGUUUACUGGCUCACAAGCCACCACCAAAUGGGUAGUGAACUGAAUGUAACGACAAGCGAAACCAGGUGUGCAGGCUGCAUGCUCACGAUCAUACCCGCCGCCAGUAAUGCCCGGGGCCCAGUUCUGUAAAAGCUGGAGCCUGUAUGUCAUCCACUUCAUUUUUAACAUCAUUAUUAUCUUUAUGAGUGUAGUAAGCAGGACAUGGAUUGGAAAUAUUAUAUCAAUUAUUUGGAAUUGGACGGGCGGUUGGUUCAGCUGGACGCGCCAGUCCGACACGAUGCUACGAAAUGUUGAGAAGAAAAUAUUGUCAUGUCUGAAGACAGCAUACAAGCGGUUUUAUGUGGACAUCGGUUCCGUAGUGGGACAGAGCGACAGGAUAUGGACCAUCUCCUUGAACGACGAGGCGCCGGCCACGCCUCUGGUGAUGCUGCACGGGAUGGGCGCGGGCGUGGCGCUAUGGUGCCCCAACCUUGACGCCCUGGCCGCUAAUAGGCCGGUGUACGCCAUCGACUUGCUGGGUUUCGGCCGCAGCUCCCGGCCCAAGUUCUCAACGGACGCAGACAAGGUGGAAGCGCAGUGGGUGGAGUCCGUGGAGGAGUGGCGGCGCGAGGUCAACAUCCGGCAGUUCAUCCUGCUGGGGCACAGCCUCGGCGGCUACAUCGCCACGGCGUACGCGCUUAAAUACCCUGACAGAGUACAACACCUCAUCCUGGCCGACCCUUGGGGCUUCCCCGAAAAGCCGGCGAACGUGCACGAAAAGUACCAGAUCCCCCUCUGGGUCCGCGCAGUCGCCACAGCUGUGUCCCCGCUCAACCCGCUAUGGGCCGUGCGCGUUGCCGGCCCGGCCGGGAAGUGGCUCAUUAGCAAGACCAGGCCGGACCUGUCCAGGAAGUACCUGAACUUUGUGCCCGACGCGGAGACGGUUAUACCGGAUUAUAUACACCAGUGCAACACGCAGACUCCUAGCGGUGAAAGCGCGUUCCACACAUUAAUGCACGGCUUCGGCUGGGCAAAGAACCCUAUGGUGAAGCGAGUGUCCAAACUGGACGCGAACCUUCCCGUCACCGUGUUGUAUGGCAGCCGGUCUUGGGUGGACAACAGCACGGCCCAGGUGCUGGCGGACCAGCGGCAGAGCCCUCACAAUACGUUCGUGCAAGUGAUCAACGGUGCCGGCCACCACGUAUAUUUAGACAAGCCCGAGCUCUUCAACAAGUACGUGCUCGAAGCGUGCGCGCGCACCGACGGACCCACCGACCCUUCCAGACUUGCGAUCGAGCCAGCGAGACCCGCAAUCGUACCCGCGAGACCCGAAAAUGAGCCGACGAAACCCGAAAAUGAGCCGACGAACCCCGAGCGGUCGCCCAAUAACACAUCUUCUUGAUCGUAGCCAUAUCUGUACUGCUAAGCACGGAGUGAGUGGUUAUUUGCUUUAUUGUAUCCUGACUACCGGUGUAUAUGUCGGCGGCCGAUCGUAAGAUCAGUCAGAUCGUAAUGUUCCUGUGUAAUGUUUUGACGAUAGUCACAUUAAACCAAUAUACAGGUAGGAUAGGUCCGUUAGGUUGCUUCAGAUGCCCGAAGGGCAAACUGCCCAGAAAUAGGAGCCCCAUUUAGUGGGGCUCCGUCGACUCAGAGAACGAGUCAAAGAUUUUUACGUUUCACGAUAUGCCUGAUCUUACGAUCGGCCGCCGACAUAUACAUAGUUAACACAUUGAUUGCCACUAAGUGCCACGGGUUACGCUCGUAGCGCGUAGCCACGGUUUUGCCGUAUGGAGCGCGUAGUCGCUACGAACAGUGUACCCGACAGUCGGGUUCUUGGCCCUGAAUAUGUUAAAGAAACCAACUGUAACUGUUAUCAGAUAUUUACUAAUUAUGAAAUCAGGGAACCCAGGAGGAAAACGGGUGCUGAAAAUACUGUCAUUUUUAACAUUUUGACGUCCAUGUAGGAGCCUGCAAAGAGGCAGAGCUUUGCUUUAAGAUUUGUUAUUGUAUUCUGCGGUGUUGAGCCUAAAUGUUGCAAUUUGAGAGAUUUACAAAGGCUGUCGUUGAAAUUUGAAUCUUCAUGCUCAGACAUUAAGGUUUUUUU